CCAAAAAAGACAAGACACGGACACACCAGAUCCGAUGAAGGAUGGACCUACAAGUCUUCCAGCGGAAACAGUAUUAUCAUCUGUAUCUAAAAGCGGCAUUGGUGGAGCUCACAACAAGGAGGACAAGGUUGACGACGGCGCUCAACGGCCUAACGGCAAAGAACCACAAGACGGGCCCGAAGAUGGUAAUACCAACGAUGCUCCCACAUCCACUGAGGCGGCACCACAAAAAGCACUAACAGCCACCAUCACUCAAACAAAUGUUACGGCUACAAAAGGCGACAGCGACGGCGGCACUGCGGUCUCCCACACCACCUCCCCUCUUUUGCUUCUUCUUGUUGUUGCGUGUGCGGCUGCUGUGGUGGCCGCGUGA